UCGCACUGACCUUGAACAGCAGUGCUUUUGAUGGAAGGCCCAGUCGACCCGCGGCUCAAUGCCGUGUUUGACCGCCGCGACGCAGCCAACGCCGUCGCUUCAGUGAAUUUCAGCAACCACCCAACGGAGCGCGUCGAUUGCAAGGAUUUCGCAAUCCUCAAAAUGCUCGGGACGGGGGCGUUUGCACGCGUCUUUCUUGUGCGGAAGAGCACCGGCCACAAUGCAGGAAGACUGUUUGCCAUGAAGGUGCUCAAGAAGGACUCGAUUGAGCGCGAGUCCAAGACCGUUGAGCACACUCGCGCUGAACGCUCGAUUCUCGCCGCCGUCCACGACGCUCCCUUUUUGGUCCACUUGCAGUAUGCUUUCCAGACCAGCGCAAAGCUCUAUCUUGUGCUCGAGUACUACGACGGCGGGGAGCUCUUUUCGCACUUGGUCGCCGAAGGGAGCUUUUCGGAACACCGCACGCGCUUCUACGCAGCCGAAGUCGUGCUGGCCAUCGAGUACUUGCACAAUCUGGGCAUUGCGUACCGAGACAUGAAGCUGGAGAACAUCUUGCUCGACUCGGAGGGCCACAUUGUGCUCACGGACUUUGGGCUGAGCAAGGAGUUUUUGUCGUCGGGAGACGAGAGCGACCGCGCCCAUUCGUUUUGCGGGACGGUCGAGUACAUGGCUCCUGAGAUUGUCCAAGAUCCAAAGGAAGGCCACGGGCUCGCUGUGGACUGGUGGAGUCUGGGUGUCUUGAUCUUUGAGCUUCUCACAGGGCGGCCUCCCUUCAAUCACUCGGACGACUCGCUCAACUCCCAGCAGCAAAUCAUGGAGCGCAUUGUGCGCGAGCCCGUCAGCAUUCCUCCGACCUUCUCGGCUGAGGCCAGCAGCUUGAUCUCGCGCUUGCUCAUCAAAGACCCGGCACGGCGCCUCGGAAGUGGGCCGACGCGCGCAAACGAAGUCAAAUCUGCGUCUUUUUUCACCAAGCAUUUCUCCUGGAGCGAGGUGCUCAACCGCAAGCUCGUCCCUCCCAUCAUUCCAGACAAGGCGCACGCGGACGACGCCGCAGCCAACUUUGACGAGUACUUUACCACGCAGCCGGCAAUCGACACUCCUGCGAUUGGCUCGUCCAUGUCGUCCGGAACGGCCAAUCUGUUUCAUGGCUUUUCUUACGUGGCACCGCUGCAUGUGCGCGAGGCUCUUGCUGCAAACCGUAGCGCUGGGUUUGGACUCGGGACUGCGCGCUCGAUUGAAAUUGUCGAGCAGGCGACUUCCAUGGUCCAAGACGACGAAGAAGGCACGACCUAUGUCGCUGAAAGUCCAGCCCCCGCGCUGUCAUUUGAGGUCGCGCAGCUUGGCGAGGCUGUUCUGCAGCCACAAGAGGCCCAGUCCUCACCGAAACAGCAGCCCAUGGAUGAUGAUGGCGUCGCGUCGGUUUCCGAAAUGGGCGGGCCUGAGCUUGCGUACCUGUCACCGCCCCGGUCCAAUGACCCCGUCAAGCAUGGUGCGGACGUGGUGCUGUCGGCCGAUGAGCUGCAGCGGAGCGAUCUUCCGUUUGGCUCGAUGCUCAGUCAAAAUUCUGCCUCGUCGCUCAGCUCGUCGCUUCUCACGCCGUCUGACAAUGAUGGGCUGCGGAUUCUGCCGACGGUCGGUCGGCGAGAUACAUCCUCUCCAAGAGUUUUGAACGCGACAGGGUCGGCUGUAGCCGAGCAGGACGAAUCCGAACCCAUGGAAACAUCGCCGUUCGAUAAACUGACUCCAAAGACAGUCAGGGACAUCAUGGGUCCGCCGACCAUCAGUGCGACGCCCUUUUCAAUGCAAAAAGACGUUCGACGCGCACGGACAGCGUCAGAAAUGCUGGCCGAUUCCUCGAACGAGGCCGGGAAGCCGGAAGCUGGGGUGAUUCCUGCCGAAUUUCUGCAACACUACUCCCUCGCCGAUCCGCCAGAACGUGUGGGCGCUGGCGCGACCGGAUCUGUGUUUCGCUGCGUUCAACGAGCGACUGGAACACCCUUCGCCGUCAAGACUGUCCGCAAAUCGCGACACGACCCCGCCAUCGAGGUCGAAGCGCUCCGCCGGUGCCUUGGGCAGCCCAACAUUGUGCAGUUUGUCGAGCGGUUUGAUUCGAGCACCCAUGCAUUCAUUGUUUUGGAGCUGAUGCAAGGUGGCGAGCUGCUCGACCGCAUCAAGCAACGGACGUGUCUGUCCGAGUUGACCGUGUGCAAUAUUGUUCGCAAGCUGGUGGUGGCCAUCAACUAUAUGCAUAGUCAGCGGAUUGUCCACCGGGAUUUGAAGCCAGAGAAUCUGCUCUUUGUUUCAAACGACGAAGACUCGGAGGUUAAAAUCGUCGACUUUGGAUACGCGAAAAUUACCGACAACCAGCGGUUUAUGACCACGCCCGUGUUUACGCUGCAAUAUGCGGCGCCGGAAAUUCUCAACGUGCACGACCGCGGUCUCCGACUCGCCAAGGCGCAAGCACCAGGGAUUUCCGCUCAGCCAUGGAGUCAGCGUGCUCAGUCCGAGGAUGGAUAUGACGAGUCCUGCGACUUUUGGUCGUUGGGUGUGAUUGCGUAUACCAUGCUCUGCGGUUAUGCUCCUUUCCAGGAAAAGCUCGUCGACGUCUCCGCGUACCGCAUCAUCCAGCGCAUCAAGCAAGGCGUGUUUGACUUUCCAGAGAAGGAAUGGGGCAGUGUCAGCGAGCCUGCCAAAGAGUUUAUUCGCGGGCUGUUGACGGUCGAUCCGAGACGGAGACUCCAACCCGCCGAGGUCGUGCGGCACCCUUGGCUGCAUCGAGCAGACGGUCUGCCAAGCUCGCUCCUCCCUGCGAGCGCCGCUGCCAUGGAGCUUGCGUCACGGGACGCUGUUCCGCCGCGCGUUAUUCAGCAGCAUUUCGGGAUGCAGGCCACUGGCGGUGGUAGUGCCAGCGCCAUUCAGUCAUCUCCGCCUCCUCCUCAAGCAAGGGUUGAGACGGAAAGUUUUUCGCAUGGGACAGACCCAAAGCCGCCUGCAAGCGAGGGAUCUGCCGUGUCUUCGGCCAUGCAAGUGGACUCUGAGAACUCGUCCGCAGGUAGCGUGCCUACCACCACGGCGGCGGCAGCAGCCGCGAACGCUUCCGAAACGUCUGGGUCGGGUCAGCCGAUUUUUGUUCCACCUCGCUCUGUUCGAUCAGCCCAGCAUCCGUCAUUGGCCGCUGUUAGCUCGAGCACAAGCCUCGCUCUUGCGGUCAGCCUAAUGUCCCCCGGGAUAUUGCGCGACGAAGACCGGAAUAGCAAAGCAACCGUCAAUGCAGCCAUGUCCGCCUUCUUCAAGAUGCACCCGCGCAUGCUCCUCAACACCGUGGCCGACUCUCCACUGGCCAAGCGUCGAAAGCACCGGCACAGCACGUUGAGCGAUGUAUCGACUGCUUCGUCAGAUGAGCUGUCACAAGAAGGAAGCUCGCCCGCUGCUGCUGUUGCUGCAGAGAGCCAACUUCCGGAUUCGCAUGUGAGGCGCCAGCAGAGCCAGCAACGAAUCCACGCGCUGCAUCAACAGUAUGCUAUUCAACAGCAGCAGCAACAGCAGCACGAGCAGCCGCAAUAGCAGUAUUCUGAGGUUUGCUCUGUUGGAUUUGAGGGUUGUUGCUGUUUUUGUCGAUGGAUUGACUUGUUAGAACGAAAAUGAGAAUUUAUUGCAUGA